GAUGACGUCAGCAGAUUCCAGACUCGUCCACGGGCUUCUGCUUUCUACUCCCACCUCGCAGCGGCGGUCGCCGAUCCGCUUCUUCUACUUCGCCAGCCAUCGGGCCUGUGCGGUCGCUCCUCCGCCUUUUUUUUUUCUUCUGCUGCAUCCGCCGCAACCUCCGCUAUGAGUUUUUUCCGGCGGGCGAAGUCCUCGCUUGUUCCCUCUUUCGUAUACCGCGUCUCCUCCAAGAUCAGAUCCAAAUUCUCGAACCCGUUUCCUCCCCGAUCCUCCUCAUCCUGUGCUCCCUCCUCGUCUUUUCUCUCCCCGGCGAAACCCUUCUCGUCGCCUCCCCCCUUCUCCGCCAUCGUCAGACGGUCGUACUACUACGUCUCCACCCCCCAGGUUCAGCACUUCCGCCGAAAGCCCCGGUGGUACCAAAACCCGCGCGCCAUUCUCGUCGUCGUUGUUGUCGGCGGAGUCUCCGUCGUCUCGAUCUACUACGGCAACCUCGAGACCGUUCCCUACACAAAGCGGCGUCACUUCGUGCUCAUCUCCCCCUCCCUCGAGCGCCAGCUCGGCGAGUCGGAGUUCGAGAAGCUCAAGUUGGGGUUCCGCGGUAAGAUCCUGCCCGCCCUCCACCCGGACAGUGUCCGCGUGCGGCUCGUCUCGAAGGACAUCAUCCAGGCGCUCAAACGGGGGCUGCGCCACGACGAGCAACAAUAUAGCGACCCUGAGUAUGCCGCGGUGAGCACCCGGCCGGAGUUUGAUACGCCGGGAAAGACACAGGAGUCUAUCUGGGCCCUGAGCGAGAGGGAAGAGGGCAAGUGGAGCCACGAGGAUGAGAUUCUUGAUGACCAAUGGAUCCACCAUAGCAGGAAGAAGGGCGAGGACACAGGAGUUCAGUCAGCAACCAAACACUUGGAGGGGCUCAAUUGGGAGGUUCUGGUGGUCAGAGACAAUGCCAUUAACGCCUUCUGCCUUCCGGGUGGAAAGAUUGUUGUUUUCACUGGAUUGCUUGAUCAUUUCAAGAGCGAUGCCGAGAUUGCUACCGUCAUUGGGCACGAGGUUGGCCACGCUGUUGCUCGGCACUCUGCUGAAAUGAUCACGAAAAACCUGUGGUUUGCCAUAUUGCAGUUGAUCAUUCUUCAAUUCUUUGCAAUGCCUGACCUUGUCAAUGCAAUGUCAAAUCUUCUCCUUAGAUUACCUUUCUCACGCAGGAUGGAAAUGGAGGCAGAUUACAUUGGACUAUUGCUGCUUGCCGCUGCUGGAUGUGAUCCACGCAUUGCACCACAAGUUUACGAGAAACUGGGCAAACUCACUGGCGACUCUGCAUGGAAAGAUUACCUCUCAACCCAUCCAUCCAGCAAAAAGAGGGCACAAUUGCUGUCUCAAGCUAAUGUGAUGGAGGAAGCACUUUCUAUCUACAGAGAAACCAUGGCCGGCCGUGGAAUUGAAGGUUUCUUGUAGCGCUGCUCUUUCCAGGUACAAAUACCACAAAGAAAUUACUCUUAGUUCCAUUGAGAUCCACCUAGUGUUUAGAAUAUUUGUAAAGGUCAAGGUCACCUCCUUGAUAAAAACACCUUUAGAAUCUGCCACAGGUUUCCUCGUGUGAAGUUUCAGCUCAUGCCAUUUUGCUGGAGUUAAAUCUACAUGAAUAUUUGGAUGGUCAAAUUAUUAGUUGACAAGCAGCGAUUCAGCUGAUUUUGUUGAGAGAGAGAUGAAAUAAGCUGUGAAUCCUGUUGUGAAAUAAAUGUUCAAGGGAAACAAAUAAAUCUAACACAGCCUGUGUUUUUUGUUUAUUUUUUUAAAUCUUGUACUACCUUUAAAACUUGCCAAAUUUAGUACAUAGUGUGGAUUUCAUACUAAAAACUUGCAUUUGUAAUUAGUUAGCUUCCUUAAUUAGUUAGCUGACAAUAUUAAGAAUAAAUAAAUGCGUUAAAUUUC